AUGGCCAGCAUCUCGGACAAAGCGACUCCAACAACCGAGAUCGACUCGCAGCAUCACUCGCAAGAUGGCAGCAACGAUGAGCCUCGUCCAGUUGGCUGGAUGUACAAGAGUCGCAAGAUUGGUCCCAUCACCAUCCCAUACUAUGCCUCGCCAAAGGCUCAGCUCAUCCUCGUAGCUUUCGUGUGCUUCCUCUGCCCUGGCAUGUUCAAUGCUCUCAAUGGUCUCGGCGGUGGAGGACAGCUUGAUGCUACAGCCGGUAACGACUCCAACACCGCUCUGUACUCGACUUUCUCAGUCGUUGGCUUCUUCGCUGGAACCAUCGUCAACACCGUCGGUAUCAAGGCUGCCUUGUCUUUCGGCGGCAUUGGCUACUGCGUCUAUGUCUCGGCCUACCUUUGCUACAACUUCACCGCAAACCUCGGCUACAUGAUCUUCUCCGGCGCACUUCUGGGAGUCUGUGCUGGUAUUCUGUGGUCUGCUCAAGGUGCCAUCAUGAUGUCUUACCCCACCGAGUCCGAGAAGGGGCGCUUUAUCUCCUGGUUCUGGAUGAUCUUUAAUCUGGGCGGUGUUAUUGGCAGCUUGGUCCCACUUGGUCAGAAUAUCAACACCACCUCCAACGGCACGGUCUCCAACGGCACCUACAUCGGGUUCCUGGUGCUUACCACUUGUGGUGCUAUCCUCUCCACCACUCUGGUCAACGCCAAGUCUGUCGUUCGCAGUGAUGGAUCCAGGGUCAUUCUCAUGAAGCAUCCCAGCUGGAAGUCCGAGCUGUAUGGCCUCUACGAGACCCUGCUCAGCGAUCCAUACAUCAUCCUGCUGUUCCCGAUGUUCUUCGCAUCCAACUGGUUCUACACCUACCAGUUCAACGGCGUCAACCUCGCACAGUUCAAUGUCCGUACACGUUCUCUCAACAGCGUGCUGUACUGGUCAGCCCAGAUCCUCGGCGCUUGGGUGUUCGGCAACGCACUCGACAUCAGCAAGUUCAAGCGCACGACACGAGCCAAGGGAGCAUGGGUCGCACUGUUCGCAUUGACCAUGAUUAUCUGGGGUGGUGGCUACGCCUUCCAAGUCAAUUACACCCGCGAUCGAGUCGAAGCCGAGGCCAAGUUGGAGUCGACUGACCCCAGUCGUAAGUACUUCAUUGACUGGGAAGAGGGUCGCUACAUUGGCCCGAUGUUCCUGUACAUCUUCUACGGCUUCUACGAUGCUGCCUGGCAGACCAGUGUCUACUGGUACAUGGGUUCCAUCUCGAACAACGGCCGCAAGCUUGCCAACUUCGCCGGCUUCUACAAGGGCAUCCAGUCUGCCGGAGCCGCCAUCACGUGGCGCAUCGAUGCUCUGGGAGUACCUUACAUGCACUACUUCGCCUCAUGCUGGGCUCUUCUGGGUGGAAGCUUGAUCAUCGCACUUCCCGUCAUGCUCCUCAAGAUCCAUGACACUACUCCAGUCGAGAAGGAUCUCGAGUUUACCGACGAGACGCUCGCCGACGUUGUUGGCGAGAAGCCGGUCGGCGCCAUGACCACGGACGUGGAGAGGUCUGGAAGAGAUUGA